AUGAGCAAAUUAACCGAUCAUGAUGACUAUACCAUUAACGAAGCUAUCUUUCAAAGAAUUGACCUAUUUUGGGGGCCCUACUCCGUUGACAGAUUUGCUUGUUCCUAUAAUGCUUAGGUACCAAGAUUUAACACCAGAUUUUUUCAGACUGGCUGUGCUGCAGUAGAUGCAUUCUGCCAAGAUUGGAGGCACGAUAAUAAUUGAAUUUGUCCUCCAGUGUGCCUAUUAAUUAGAGUGGUAAAGGACAUGGAACUGUGUAAGGCGAGAAGGAACGGUUAUCCUUCCCUUGUGGAGGUCCUCUUGCUUCUGGACUGUAUUUUGUAGAGACGGUGUACACUGGAACAGUUUCGUAAUUGACUGGGUGUUUUUACCGAAGUUCCCAGGUCUCUUCAUCAAAGGGAAAGCCCGAAACUCGCUUUUCGGCUCCAGAACUUUGAUGUUAUAGUCCUUCGAAUCGAUUUUCGCCGCCCCAGAUCUCCCUGCGCUUACGCAGGCUCCUGUACGAAGUUCAGUAAAGACUGUGAUCGUUGUAAUUAGCCCCGCAAGCGUUUGUAUUUACCGCGGAAGUUUUUCUUCCGGGUGCAAAUGCGAUUUUGUUUCAGUCAAUCCCAGCGUAAUUCCUCUAAGUUCUUUGUACUUAGGUUAUGGGUUGUUUGACCCUUAAUCAAGCCCGAAGUGACUUAAGUCAUAGUAUUGCUCGUCAAUAUCGUGUUAUGACACGAGUUUGUGUCAAGAAUUUAUUCAGAAUUGUUUGAAAUUAAAGGAACCCAUUUGUGGUCCAUUUUGCAGAUUCCAGUUGUCUGUGUAUUCUCUGUUGGAGUUUGAUUAUUCCCAGUUAUUCUAUUUUUGUUUAUCUAUUUAUUUAGUUAUUUCUUGUAGGAUUGUACUUCUCACUUUACCUUAUUUAAUCUCUCGUUUAGAUAUUUUUCAUUCUGGAUUUUGGGAAUCCCGGGACGGACCCCUUGUCGACUUGCUUGAGGGACUGAAAGAUCGACUGAAGACGACUGUCUUCCAAAGCAAAUGGAACCGUUGUAGUAAACAACUGUGCUUUCCGCAGAUGGAAGCAGUUUGCAAACGAUAAGUUAAACGGGAAAGCCUUUCUCGCUAGCCCUUUUCAUGUGGCUUUGUAUUUACAACAUCUUAUAGAGAAAACCCACUCUCCUGGCGCGGUCGAUUCUGCUUUCUAUGACUUAAAAUGGGCCCAUGACCUGGCAGGAAUCCCCUCCCCAACUUAUGAUCCAAUUGUUGAAGCUGUGAGGACGGCAUCCAAAAGAGUUCUUGGUACAAGCGUCCUUAGACGUAAAGAACCUAUUUCGGCCACUUCAAUCCACGACGUUAUUAACAAAUCAGACCUAGACAAUCCUGUAGAGUUGCGUAAUGUUACCAUGUAUGUUUUAUCUUUUGCCGGUUUCUUUAGGUUUGACGAUGUGCCUAGAAUUAGAAGAAGUGAUAUUUCCUUUAAAAAAGGCUUAAUGGUUAUUAAGGUUUUGAAAAGCAAGAAUGACCAGCUCCGUAAAGGCGACGAAGUCGUUAUCUCACAAUUGUCUGGUUUUGCAUUCCCCGUUGAGUUGCUUAAGAGGUAUUUAGCUAUGUUUAAGGUACCCCCUGAUUCGAAAGACGUUAUUUUCAAGCCCAUUUCUAAAGGGAAGGGCUCUUGUAAGCUUGUUGCCCCCGAUAAGCCAAUUAGUUACUCUACUUUUAGAAGGCCUUUUCGCAAGGACCUGCAAAGCCUCGGAGUU